CGCCGUCUCCAACCGGCGCUCCCUCUCCGCCUCCCAGGUCCGCCGGCCGCCACCAUGUCCGCCUCGGCUGUCUUCAUCCUCGACGUCAAGGGCAAGCCCCUGAUCAGCCGCAACUACAAGGGCGAUGUGGCCAUGAGUGAGAUCGAGCACUUCAUGCCCCUGCUCAUGCAGCGGGAGGAGGAGGGCGCCCUGGCCCCGCUGUUGAGCCACGGCCGCGUCCACUUCCUGUGGAUCAAACACAGCAACCUCUACUUGGUGGCCACCACGCUGAAGAACGCCAACGCCUCCCUCGUGUACUCCUUCCUGUACAAGACGGUGGAGGUAUUCUCCGAAUACUUCAAGGAGCUGGAGGAGGAGAGCAUCCGGGACAACUUUGUCAUCGUCUAUGAGCUGCUGGAUGAGCUCAUGGAUUUCGGCUUCCCGCAGACCACCGACAGCAAGAUCCUGCAGGAGUACAUCACGCAGCAGGGCAACAAGCUGGAGACGGGCAAGUCGCGGGUGCCACCUACUGUCACCAAUGCCGUGUCCUGGCGCUCCGAGGGCAUCAAGUACAAGAAGAACGAGGUCUUCAUCGAUGUCAUAGAGUCGGUCAACCUGCUGGUCAAUGCCAACGGCAGCGUCCUGCUGAGCGAGAUCGUGGGCACCAUCAAGCUCAAGGUGUUUCUGUCGGGAAUGCCGGAGCUGCGGCUUGGCCUCAACGACCGCGUGCUCUUCGAGCUCACUGGCCUUUCAGGGAGCAAGAACAAGUCCGUGGAGCUGGAGGAUGUGAAAUUCCACCAGUGCGUGCGACUCUCGCGCUUCGACAACGACCGCACCAUCUCCUUCAUCCCGCCCGACGGCGACUUCGAGCUCAUGUCCUACCGCCUCAGCACCCAGGUCAAGCCGCUGAUCUGGAUCGAGUCCGUCAUUGAGAAGUUCUCCCACAGCCGCGUGGAGAUCAUGGUCAAGGCCAAGGGGCAGUUUAAGAAGCAGUCGGUGGCCAACGGCGUGGAGAUUUCUGUGCCUGUGCCCAGCGACGCCGACUCCCCGCGCUUCAAGACCAGCGUGGGCAGCGCCAAGUACGUGCCGGAGAAGAACGUCGUUAUUUGGAGUAUUAAGUCCUUCCCGGGGGGCAAGGAGUACCUGAUGCGUGCCCACUUCGGCCUCCCCAGUGUGGAGAAGGAGGAGGAGGAGGGCCGGCCCCCCAUCGGGGUCAGGUUUGAGAUCCCCUAUUUCACCGUCUCUGGGAUCCAGGUCCGAUACAUGAAGAUCAUCGAGAAAAGCGGUUACCAGGCCCUGCCCUGGGUCCGCUAUAUCACCCAGAGCGGCGAUUAUCAGCUUCGUACCAGCUAGGAGGGAGAAGAGGCGGGGGCUUGAGCAUACGCCUCCCUGUCCCCACGCACCGACUACAGACUUGAGAGAUGGGGAGGGAAGAUGGGCGUGUGUCUGUGUGAGGGCAGGCCCCUGGCUCAGCACUUUCUCGCUCCCAGCAUCUGUCUGCCUUUUCUUCUACCCAUAGGCUGGAGGGAUGGUGUCCCUCCCGUGUCCCCAGCCCCAUCCCUCCCGCCCCCGGGCUUCCCCCAUCCUCCAAUUUUAUAUGAAGAAAUAGAAGAGGGACUUGAAGCCCCCCUCAUGAGUGCCUUCUCGAAGUGACCUGCCUUAGGGGGUGUUGUGGGCCCCUCCUCUUUCACAGCUGCUGAGCCCAGAGGCCCCGCUGGCCCACUCCUCUGAGUUUUAGUGUGGUAUUAAAAAGAUGAAUCUA